GGGUAUAUAAGGGAUGCUGGAAGGGAGGUGUUUGCCAGUAGCACAAGACACUCUCUGGGAUACACAAGUACUCUUCGGUACUUGGUACACUUCUUCACGUCCACUUGGCAGCAGACAUGAGGGUGUUAGCGUGCUCGUGGUUGUUGGUGACAGCAGUGGUGGUGGCGGUCCUGGUGGAGGCAACCUCGGCAAAAGUCUACGGGAAGUGCGAGCUGGCCAGAGUGCUGGAGCAACAAUACGGUUUACAACGACAAGCGAUUAAGAACUGGGUGUGUAUCGCUGAGUUUGAGUCAAGCUUCAACACUGCUGCUAUCAACUACGACAACGUAGACGGUAGCAAGGACUACGGCAUCUUCCAGAUCAACAGCAUGUACUGGUGUCACGAUGGAACCCCAGGUGGCAAGAAUAUCUGUGGAAUUCGCUGUACAGAUCUACUGGGUGAUGGUUUGAGAGAUGACAUCUCUUGUGCCCAAAGGAUCUACAGUGCUCAAGGAUAUUCAGCCUGGGUCGCUUAUAACAACAACUGUCGCCAUAUUGAUCUGAACACUUACAUGGCCGAGUGCUGGGGUGCAACUGGAAGAGGCUACAACGAUCUUUAAGAUGGUGAUGCUGGGGAGAUUUUCUACGGUGCUGGGGAGACUGUGUGGUACUGAAAGAAGACUGUCUACGGUACUGGGGAGACUCUAUGGUACUGAAAGAAGACUGUCCACGGUACUGGGGAGACUCUAUGGUACUGGGGAAAGACUCUCUCUCUAAGGUUCUGGGGAGAAACUCGAAUGGUGCUGGGAGGAAACACUCCAGUAAUUUAACUUGUUAUAAGAAGGCACGUAAUUGGUGACAACUUGACAGAAGUACCCACGAAUAUAUUUACUUAGGACACCUUUAUCUAAGAUGCUUUAAUUCGUGGACCUUUAUGUAUCCGACGUUAUCAAGGUUCAAGGGCAGAAACGUCUUCAAUAAAGAUGUACUAAGAACAACAGUGGUGCUUCCCACUGGAUCUAAUGUUUACACUCACUUUCCAACGUUUCUAAAUCACCUGCCCAGACCCACUGAUAUUUGCGACCCCUGUAGUUAUGAAUUUCAUCUUCCAGCAUUUGUACGCCAAGAUAAAGAAAUUAUAACCACUUUCCAGGCUCCCUCUGGUCUGGAACCAGACCGUGUAGGCAGUAACCAAAGAAAUGGGUCACAAGUAAUCUUCAAAUAAUUUCUUUUAUAUCUCACAACAUGUGUAAUGAAGAUCAAAAUGGUAUACAAUACCGACAGGUUGGUAGGUAAGACACAUAGGCACAGUUAGGCAACUUUAUUUCGAAAUAAAGUUGCCUAACUGUUGCCUAUGUCUCUUACCUACCAACCAUGUGUAAUGAAGUACAAUGCCUCACACCACACCAGUGCACUAUUCUAUACACAAUUUUGUACAUGUGUGGAUUAUUUGUGGGUUGUUCCUGUCACGGUAUUGUGCCUUUAUUAUUCUUUAAGAGUAUAAGAAUGUUGGAACACAGCAACAGGCCUAAAUGGCCCAAACUAGGCAGGUUCUUCACCAUUCUAUAGACAUCAAUACCCACGUCGUCUCUAGAGUUUGCUAGUGCUAGUGUGUGUUCAGUGAGACACAAUAGGUAGCUUUGGGAAAAGAUUAGACAGAUAGGUAUUGGGUGGGAAUGGUUGAGUUUGAGAAGGACCUGUCGUGUAUGGGCCAGUAGGCCUCCCGCAGUGUUCCUCCAUUUUUAUAUCAUAAAGAACAUAAGAACAUAAAAAUGGAAGAACACUGCAGAAGGCCCACUGGCCUACACAAGGCAGGUCCCCAUCAAAACCACCCCUACCCAAAGAUACCCAAGAAUAUACUCACGUACCCAAUGACACCAACCAAACCCAGUCCCUCCACUCAUAUAUUUGUCCAAUCUCUUUUUAAUGCUACCCAAGGUCCUAGCCUCGAUCACCCUACUCGGAAGAUUGUUCCACCCAUCCACAACUGUUCGAAAACCAGUACUUACCUAUAUCCUUUCUAAAUCUAAAUUUAUCCAACUUAAAGCUACCCAGGUUUCGCAUAUAUGUUUUAUUCAUCAACUUGUCGGUAUUAAUACCAUUAAACCAGUUGCCUGUUUAACUGAUGCUGGUAUAAACCAGGUUAACAGAUACCGACAAACUGGUUGAGAAACACACCUGAGCAAACACUUGGACAUAUUUAUUACAGAACGUUUCGCUCCUGAGACGUUGAUCAAGGUCCCAGGAGCGAAAGGUUUUCUAAAAUGUUCUAGUGUCUAUCUUAACUGAAGCUGUUUGACUGGAUUAACCGAACAAUGGACGAGGUUAAGUCGUCAAUAAUUACAACACCAAAGUCUAUGUAAUUAACUGAAAAAACUUUUUCAUUUACAAUGUUUUUGUUUACGUUUAUGCUUACAAUUCUUUUGUUUACAAUGUUUUUGUUUACAAUCUUUUUGUUUACAAAGCUUUUUUGUUUACAAUGCUUUUGUUUACAAUGUUUUUGCUUUACAAAGCUUUUUUGUUUACAAUGCUUUUGUUUACAAUGUUUUUGUUUACAAUGCUUUUGUUUACGAUGUUUUUUUUACAUUGAUUUUGUUUACGUUUCUGUUUUUGUUUAUAGUGUUUUUUGUUUACAUUUUCUUUACAAUGUUUUUGUUUACAUUUUGGUUACAGUGUUUUUUUUUUUACAUUUUUGUUUACAAUGUUUUUGUUUACAAAUUUUUUGUUUACAUUUUUGUUUACAAUAUAUUUGUUUACAAUGUUUCUGUUUACAAUGUUUCUGUUUACAAUGUUUCUGUUUACAAUGUUUUUGUUUACAAUAUAUUUGUUUACAAUGUUUUUGUUUACAAUGUUUUUGUUUACAAUGUUUUUGUUUACAAUGUUUUUGUUUACAAUGUUUCUGUUUACAAUGUUUUUGUUUACAAUGUUUCUAUUUACGAUGUUUUGGGCGUAAACUUGAAGUUAAUAUUACUGUAAGAAUCUUCACAUAUUUAUUCUUCUUAUCCUCUGUUUCUUCUUCUCUGUUUCUUCUUUUUAUCUUUUCUCAUCAUUUUUUCUUGUUCUUUUCUUCCUCUUCUUUCGUUUCUUCUACUUUUUCUUCUAUUCUUCUUUUCCCUCUCUUCUUUUCUUCUUUUUCUUCUUCUUUAUCAUUAUUUUAAUUUUCUUCUUCUUAUUGUGUCUUUCUUUUUUCUCCCUUUUCAUCUUUUUCUUCUUUUCUUCUUCUUUAUCUUUUUUAUAUUCUUCUUUUUAUUGUUUCUCAUCAUUUUUCUUGUUUCUUUUUUUCCUUUUCUUCUUCUUUCGUUUCUUCUCCUCCAUUUAAUUAAUCACUAAUACAAUAAAUUAAUCAAUAAUUAAACAAAACAAAUUAAAUGUCAAAGAAAGCCAUUACUAAUUAAACAACAAUUAAAAGACUUGCCUUUUACUGCACCCAAAAUGUAAACCAGAGUAAUAAAACUUAAUAAACCA